AAGAGCAAACUUCGAGACACAGACUCAAACACAGAGAGAAGUUUGGCAUAACGCCCAGUCUUUGCACUGAAAGAAAAACCCAGUUUCUAGUUUCCGCCAAUAGCUUCUUCUUCAUCCUUUAAACCCUCGUUCUGGUUAUGUCUCUGCUUCCAUUUACAGUCAAAUCUCUGCAAAUUUCAGUACAGUAGAUAUAUAGACAGGCCUUCAAUAUCAGUGAUGGCCUCAGCCAUGGAAGCAUCUCCUAAUUACAGCACAAAGACAAGUGAAAGUUCAGAGUUCAGCUUGAGAGAAUGGGAAUUGAAGGCACAAAGAAAUGGAGUGAAAACUAAGUCCAGAAGGUACUCUGCAUCAUAUAUCAGAAGCUUUAAUGAUGAAACUAGGUCUUUUAGAUCAUCAAACAUCACUUUCUCCAGUGCUGCUUCUUCACCUGCAUACACCUUUAAAGAUGGAAUAGAUCCUUCCACCUACUCCUUCAAUACCGCUAUCAGAGCAUUACAGGCAAGGUCAUGCUUAUCUCCAGAUGGGUUAGCUUUGAAUUCAAAGUGGAAUGAAGCAGAGAAGUAUAUAUGUAAUCCCCUUUCUGGGGAAGUACCAUUAGAAUGUUUAUCUUCAAAAGCUCUGAUCAGCAGUGGAAGAUCAUUUCGUAAAUCAACAAACAGAGCUAUUACCAUGUUUGAUAAUCCUACAGCUUAUUCUUCAAGAAAUCCUCAGACAAAGACAUCAUCAACUGACACACAUGAAGAAGAAGAUGGGGUUCUUCGGUUUUCAGUUUCAGAAAAGAAGAAAGAGGGAAAGACAAGAGAUGUGGGGAUUCAAAGUACUCUUCCUUAUCUCAGUUCAAGCAGCCCCAGCCCUGCUUCAACUCCAUCCAUCACAGACAGAAAUGUAAAGGAAAUUCCAGAUUCACCUUUUUCAAAUGCAAGAUCCAAACCAGACCAAGAGGUAGAAGAGAAGGAUAAAGACAAAGAAAUGGAAAAGAAUCAUGCGUUGGGGACGCAAGUGGAUCAACUUUACAGGCAAAGUGGGUGCUUUCCAUGGAUCAAGAAGAAGAAAAGGCUUAAAGAUAAAGAGAAGGGAAGGCAUAUAAAGAUCAGCAUCUUCAUCGCUAGAUGUCAAGGAAAAGAGUCUGUAACAUGAUAAAGAAAGGCAUACAUUUUCAGCAAUGUUGCUGGUUGAGCUUGUGCUUCUUGGAAAGAAACGGAAGAUAAAAUAAUAAGAAGGGUUAUUAAAAGGAUAAAGUGAUCAUGAUCUUAUGAUUUGUCCAUUGUGUGGUGAAAAUUGGCUUGUGCCACUCAUUCUCAUAAUUGACACUAACAAUUAUUAUUUAUUUUUAAACUAAGGAACCUGUACAAAAGAGUUCUUUCCUAA